AUGUCUUUUGACACCGACAAUGGCAAUGGCAACGACAAGCCCGCCAAGAGAGAUACGAUCCCAGCCUUGUGGUCAGCUAAGCAUAUCCCGCAUAGCGCAGAAUUCCCCGACCCGUACGAGUUAAUCGGAGAUGCAUAUGAACGGAUACCAGUUGCAGAUGAGUGGGAAAUACCGGAUCCCAACAGCAAGAGGCUACCAUAUUUGGCGCACAUCAAGUCGCUAUCGACUUCAUGGAGGACAUUACGCCAUCUAGCGGACUGGAUGCAGGUUGGCACAACCCCACUGCGUUGGAAUGAGAUCAAACACCACCCAAAAGAACUCGAAGAACGCAGGAAUAAGACGAAUGUCACCUUCGUGGAGUAUCACCCCGCUGCUGCACCGAAGACUACAGCGAUUAAAACGCCUGCAUUGCUUCACGAGACUCUGCAAUCUCUGUCGCAUGAGCAUAUGAAAGAGCCACCCCUCAGACUCUUCAUCGUGGAAGAUCUAUCCCAGCAAGUCAUUGAGCUUUUGGGGGCGCGCUUUGAUCUCGAUCCGUUGUUCUUCCGUGAACAAAUCGAUGACUACGUAUGGCAUAACACUCGCGACCCCUGGGCGUCUCCGCCCAGUCUAAUCUCAAGAGCAGUCGUGUCCAUCAUGCGUACACGGACGACAAUGUGGAUCGGCAAAGACAAGAAGUGUGGAAAUGGAACCGUCGGUAUUGUAUUGCUGGAUCCAACCGUCAGCCAGGGCAAACCACUAUGGUACGAUCGCAGUAAUUGGCUGCCGACCCCUAAGAUGGACACCAAAGUAUACCCGUUGAUCAAAUCCUCCAAAUCUUGGUUCGAAGACAUUGUCCAAAUGACCACUGCGUUUCCAUGGUUUGAGCAGAAAGAAGGCCAUCACAUAAACGCGCAAGUUCUCGCCAAACCAACCAUAUACACCAUCUGCGCAGAAUGGCUUAUAGUAUGCGACUACGUAAGAGCUCGACUCAGCCAAAUAGAAUGGGAACUUGAAAUGCCGCGCCUCUUCCGCUCAAAAGGCGACGCCAUCGACACAUCGCUCAAACGUCUACAUACCUGGCGUCGGCAAAUCCCCGUAUUCCGGGAGAUGGUAACAGAAACGUUGGAACAUGCACUCCCAGCUGCAGCGCGACUCACCACCCCAUCGUCUCAGUAUUCUGCCGCGCCCAACUCACCUCUUUCCGUACGCUCAGUCAUUUCAGAAAACCUAGCUAUCAACUUCGAGAACGUGGAAGGGUUCGAAGACAUAGUCCCUGAUUUCAAACGUGUGCUUGCCGCUGUUAACGAACUACAAGAGCGUGUCGACCGUCUUACUAGCAUUGUUACAUCAGAAAUAUCCAUUGAAGAUUCACGUCGCGGACUUGAGGAAAACCAUAACAUGGCAAGGCUCACAUGGCUGGCGACUAUCUUCAUUCCGUUGACGUUCAUAUCUGGAUUGUAUAGCAUGAACGAGAGUGUUUCAGCGUUGAAAACGACGUAUGGGUGGUAUUUCCUGACCGCCGUGCCGUUCACGUUGAUCGUAAUGGCAAUCGGAUGGGUCGCAGGGGUGGAAGCCUCACGCCGUGGAGGAAAGAUUCCACAAAGCAAAAGGGCAUGA